AGCGGCUCGUAUGUGACGGAUGGAGCUGCGCUGGGGCUGGGUGAGCAGCGAGCUCUCGCACAAUCAAAUCGAGGAGCUGCCCAGUUUCCACAGGUGCCAGCGGCUGGAAGAAAUAGGCCUCCAGCACAACAGGAUCCAUGAAAUCAGAGCAGACACCUUUGGGCAGCUCGCGGCCCUGCGCUCCAUAGACCUGAGUUGGAAUUACAUCCAGUCGAUUCAUCCGGAGGCCUUUGCGACCCUCCACUCGCUCACCAAGCUAGAUUUGACCGACAACCAGCUGGUAACCCUGCCGCUGAAUGGUUUGGGUGGACUGACCCAUCUGAAGCUCCAAGGCAACCCAGCGCUGUCUGAACCCUUCAGCAAAGAAAGCUUCCCUAAGAUGAGAAUCCUAGAAGUGCCCUAUGCCUACCAGUGCUGCGCCUAUGGAGUCUGUAGCAACUUCUUCAAGGUAUCCAGCCAGUGGGAGACAGAAGACAUGAGCCCGGAAGAUGAGGAUACCCACAAGAGGAGCAUGGGGUUGUUUCCGGGUCAUGCUGAUAACCACUAUGACCUGGACAUGGAUGACUUCCAGUUGGAGUUUGAGGAGUCAAAGCUGCACCCCACCAUCCAGUGCACACCCAGCCCCGGUCCCUUCAAGCCUUGCACUCAGUUGUUUGAGAGCUGGAUCAUCCGCCUGGGGGUCUGGGCCAUCGCGCUGGUCUCAGUGCUCUGCAACGGGCUGGUCAGCCUGGCCGUCUUCGCCUCGCCCAGCUACCUCUCGCCAGUCAAGUUCGUCAUCGGCUCCAUAGCCGGGGCCAAUAUGCUGACGGGCGUCUACUGCAGCAUGCUGGCCGUGGUCGACGCCCUGACCUAUGGGCAGUUUGCCAAGUACGGGGCCAGGUGGGAGACGGGCGCGGGCUGCAGGGCGACGGGCUUCCUGUCCGUCUUCGCCUCAGAGGCCGCCAUCCUCCUGCUGACUCUGGCCACUGUGCAGUGCAGCGUUUCGGUCUCCUGCUUCCGGCUGUAUGGGAAGUCGCCUUCCUUCAACAGCGUUAAAGCCGCCACGCUGGGCUGCCUGACACUGUCCUGCGCGGCCGCGGCGCUGCCACUCUUCUCCGUUGGGGAGUACGGCACGUCCCCUCUCUGCCUCCCGUCCCCCAUCCCCGACGGGAAAUCCUCCACCCUGGGCUUCAUGGUGGCCCUGGUGAUGCUGAACACCCUCUGCUUCCUGAUCAUCACGGGCACCUACAUCCGGCUCUACUGCAACCUGCUGAAAGGGGAGUUCGACACCCUCUGGGACUGUGCCAUGAUCAAGCACGUGGCCUGGCUGAUCUUCACCAACUGUCUCCUCUACUGCCCGGUAGCCUUCCUCACCUUCUCCUCCAUGCUCAACCUCUUCCUCAUCACCCCGGAGGUCAUCAAGUCAGUCCUGCUGGUGGUGCUGCCCUUACCUGCCUGCUUGAACCCCCUGCUUUAUCUGCUCUUCAACCCCCACUUCCGAGACGACCUGCGCCUGCUGCGACACAGGGGCCAGACCAAGGGCAGCUGCCCCCAGUCAUACGCCUCAGAUGACAUGGAGAAGAGCUCGUACGACUCCACCCAGGCGCUGGUGACCUUCUCUGACGCCGAUCACAUAUUUGAGGCGUCCGACGCCUUGGGUGUGCACCCCGUCCUGGAUGGCUACAGCUUCCCCUCGGUGACGCUCAUCCCCUGCCAGCAGAGGAUGGGUGUCAGAGGGCAAGAGAGUGGCUACUCUGCCCGCCACCCCUGCCUGACCGAUGACGAGCUGCUGAUUUCCUCGGAAAGCAGGGAUCCAGCCAGCAGCAGCCUCCGGGUCAGCUUCUUCCCUUCCCCGCCCGCACCGUCCUUCACAUCUCACUUAUAAACCCCCCGAGUGGCCACGCAGGCAGCCCCUCAUCAAAUGAGCCAAGCAAGAGCCCCCCACCCGGCCUUGAGGGGACGAGACGCAGGCUGAUCUGUGUCAGGCAUUGACACGCCCCCACCGCAUCAUAACCCUGUUCAACAGGCAGCACAGCCUGAGCCAUCAUCCCAAGGGCUCAGGGCUUUCAUGGCAGGACACAAGUGCACGACUGUACAAAGAAACACUGCGUCCCCUCCACCUCUGCCUAAGAGGGGACCCCCCGAGCCCAGAGAGGGAGCUAGAGAGACCCCUUUCCCGGGGUUUCCCUAGACAGGCCCCUAGCAUACCAAGUCAGAGCAGGAGGGACCUGCAGCUAAGGAGCCAAAAUGCUUCUAGCCCAGGGAGACGCCCCUCCCCAAGGGAAUGACCCCACAGCCUCUGUGGUGGAGCGGGAGCUCUUGCCAAGCCUGCUGCCCUCUGACCCUACCAGCUGUGCCACUAGCCCACACACAGUCCUGCUGGUCGUGUGUCCUGGAAGAGGACAGGCGAGCGCAUGGAGCAGGUGGGAGUGACGUGGCAGCAGGCAGCAUCCACAGCGGCAGCAGCAAUAACCCAUUGCAACCCCACGGCAGGUGGGAGAAUCCUCAUGCUUAGCACCUCGCGGGACACGUUACAGACACCCUCCGGUGAGCGCCGCCACGCCCUGGGACGGGAGUCAGAACUGUGCCUUCCCCAUUACGCAGCUGGGGGAACCAAGGGAGGGGAUUAAGGGCAACAUUUUCAAAAGUGGCUGUUAAUUUGGGGCCUCGCAUUUGCCCUUCUCCAGGGCCUACUAGAGGAGACAACCACCCUUCCACAGUGCCAGCCUUCCAGCGGCACUCACACAGCCAUUUGACCCCUUCCCACUGGGCCUAAUAACGAAUAGGGCCAUCUGCUCCCCCACCAGCUGGGAUCAGCGGGCGAGUAGCUGACCCAUCACAGGCACGGCUGAGCCCGACUCCCUUUAAAGGGCAGUGACAGCUUUGUGAUUGCUUGCUUUCGUGUCCAGAUCCUCAAAGGCAUGUAGGCAGCUAACUCUCAUUGGUCUCAAUGGGCAGUAGGCCCCCUAAAUACCGUUGAGGCUCUGGGCCUCUGUGCUUAUAUGGAUAAACCCUUCCAGAGCUGUUUUUCUCGGUUCCUUCUUAUUACUCCAAAUAUGCAUCCUCUACCACGCUCAGGGCUGCCUGCCAUUUGUUCUCCUCAAUCAGUGUUAACAUUAUCAGCCACCAUGCUCUGGGAUAUUGUCUUACUGGAGGUGUUAGUCUGCGGCAAACACAGUCUGCUUUUAAAGGGCACCAGAUUAAUAUCAUUCUGAUCAUUUAUUCUUAACAUUAAUUCUACCCUAUAUCAAACACAAACCAUGGACACAUCCAUCUCUCACAUGCCUGUACUAAGAGAAACUCUGACUUGGAUGUAAUGCCUUUAAUACACCAUGUAUAUGUUAUUGUAUGUAUAUAUGAUGCCAUAUAUAAUAUCCAGCAUGCGUGCGUGUGUAUAUUAUGUGUAUAUUUAUAUAUAACCAGUUUCCCUCCCCUGCAGACCAUUCCUUUAAAUUCCUACACCCUCUUUGUGUAUAUGAACUGUAAAGCAUCCUGUA